UGAACCAACCUGACAAGGAAGAAGUAGCUGCCACAAAACAUUGACAAGUGAAUCAGUGAACAGUUCCAUCCGUACAUUAUUUUCAAUGAGCAUGGCUCCAUAACAGCAGGUGGCGGUAACGUCCUAUGUGACGCUCUUGCUGCUAAAAGAGGGAAACUUCGAACGUCUGCCGUCUGAGAUUUUACUCCCGAACUUCAUUCAAACCGGAGAUAUGGACGCUUAUCUUUUAGAGAAAUGGACACAGGCAAAUAAUUCCUUCGUGAAAGAAUGGAAGGUGACAGACGGACGAAUCGGUGGCAAUCAUGGCGUUAAGGAAAAGUGUCAUAAGGGGACUCUUAAAUUACUUCAGAAGAUACAAGGUGUACCUGCUGUUAUCGAGCUGAUUCAGCUUGAGUUGGCUGUUGCUUACAACACUCUUGUGUUCUCUUUAAAUUUGUCCUCGUUGAGCGAUGUGCAACAGAGUCUUACCUAUACUCUUCUCAGAGCUCUUGAAGCUGUUGACUGUCAGACAUCUAGCAUGGACCCUAUUGUGUUAUGGUGUGUCACGUUGAAAUCCUUCAGCAACACAAGUCACCUGUCCUGCCUUCACAGCUUGUUGUGUGUGCAGUGGGCUCUGUGGUUGGCCUCCUGCCAAAUGCAAAGCAUUCGCCAUCUGCUGAGGGAUGUCACUCAGGAAGAAGUAACUGCUUCAUCACAGGACCUCCGUACAGUAAUUCAAAAGCUCAGCUUGUCAGAAAAGGAGAACUCCAACUUGCUAGUUGCUGUGACAGCCAGAGAAUUCAAAGAUCUUCUGCCUAUCUGCACCAUCCUUCUUGAGGGUUUGGAAAACAUAACCCAAGAGAACUACUCAGCAGCUCUUGUAGCUUUUCUACAGGCUGCGUCCUUGCCUGCCCCCAGGACUCUCCUGGCUCAGGUCCAUACCCUUACUGGAUUUGCCUUUGCAAAACUGGACCAGCCUCAGAGCGCCCUACAGUCUUACAGAAAGGCUAUGGAGGUGGAUUUUGGCUGUCAUAGUGCACUUUACCAGAGUGCACUGGUGUACAGGCAGUUAAAGAACACCCAGGCUGAAAUUGAGGCCCUACGCUUGCUUCACUCAGCCCUGGUUCAGCAUACAGAGGAACAGACUGUCAAUACUAGAGUGAUGAUUAUCUCUCCAGAUGUGCUACUAAGCAGCAAAUGUAAGGAUUCCAUCAUGGCGGUACCCUCUCCUCAGCUGAUCUUGCACUCUCUGGCAUGCACAUGUGUGCUGGAGGACAGAAUCUUAGAGGCGGUUGAACUCUAUCUGGAUCUGAUGUCAUCCCUGCAGUCAGAUAUCACACAGCCUGUGUGUACAGAGGCUGAUGUGUCCCUUCCAAGAGUUCCUGUUGUGUACCUCGAGGCUGCCUUUACCUUGCUGAGGGCCAAAAGGAUGUGGGAUGUAAUAACAGUCUGUGAAGAGGUCAUCACUAAAACCAUGAACCUCAUUCCUGAAAGAUUAGUAUUAGAUCUGUCAGAGGAGCAUUUACUUUUCUCCAUGGAGGGACCCUCAAAAUCACUGAAGCAUGAGAGACUAGAAUAUGUGUUAUGGGCUGCGGCUGCCCACUACCUCCAGGGCCUGGCCUACUGUAAGAUGAAAGACACCAAAGAAUCAGUGGCCAAUUUCACAAGAUCCCUAAAUUGGCUGGCCAAAGUGUCCAUUAAAAGUACAGGUACACUGGUUGGAGACCAGGGAGAUUGUGAGGUGGUAAAGACAUUGCAGAGACUGAGGGGCCUGGCUCUUGCUGGCAGAGGGGUCAGCUUCAUGGAGAGGGGCCAAUUAAAGGAAGCACUACGGGACCUGAAGCUUAGUCUUCAGUCCAUAACAGAGUUACAGAUGAUAAAGUUUGGACUGGUAGAGGUGUACCGGAGGCUUGGGCGUCAGGAAGAAGCCAUAGUGUGUUGGAGGGAGUCACAAAGCUCAUCUGAGGCGGUCUCCUCUGGAAACCUGCCUCUUUAUCUUCAGACAUUCCCAGAAGUCAGUUUAUGUUUUGACAUCAAUUACCUGAAGAAGGCAAUGGAAGACACUUUUCAAAGAAGAGGAGUUUUUACAUGAUUAGUUAAUUUGGAUUAUAUUUAUUAAAAAAAUAAUCUAAAUAACAACAAUAACUUGACAAAUAAAUACAUUCCCUUCAUUGUUGAAA